GUGGUGGUUUGUGGUUUUUUCAGCUGAGCUACCUGGUCACUUUGUGGUUAGGGUCACUUUGCUGACCAUCAGCACACAGAAAAUGGUGUGUGGUUUUUUUCAAGCUGAGUUGUCACUUCGUGGUCAUGACCAGCACAGAGGAAAAACCCUAGGCACAAUUUUUAGGUUGUCACAAGUUAUGAAAAAUAAGGUGUAAAAUUGUGAUUGUGAUUGCGUACCUGCGUACUUACAGAUCAGACAAACACACAAGAGGACUCUCAAGCUGAAGAGCUGUUCCGCAGACUGGAGAAGCACCCUGUCUUGCUCAAAGAGCUGCCGAGACAUCUCAUUUUUUUUUUUUAUAAUAAUUCUGCAAAAUGCAUGGAUACACUAGUAGCAUAUUAUGCUAACCUAAUGUGCGCCCUGUAUAUAUUACUUACAAUAGCGAGUACAAAUUAAAAAUAAAGACUAAUAUUAUACUAAUGCAAGUGACAGAGUACAUUUCUCUUAAAUGACAAAAUCGAUGUACUUUCCUGCAGCUCCAGUGGUAAUUCAUUCCACACAGAUAUUGCCUUUGGGAAAAAAGAGUUCGCAUAUGCAUUUGUUCUGCAAAUUGGUCUUUCAAACUGUAUAUUUUUUGUGCUUCUUAGAUUGAGAGGGCAUACUCUUCUUUCCAGUGGUGGAUCAGGGAAUUUAAAGUUACCAUUUAUUACCUGGUAAAGGUAUGAUAGCUUCAGGUACAAUCUUCUUGUAGAAAGGGACGGUAGGUCCACAGUAUCUAAUAGGGAGUCGUAGUCCAUAUUCCAAAGUUUUGUGCAGAUUUUAAGGGCAAACUUUUGUACUUUUUCUAUUUUGUGAGAAUUUGUUUUUUGGUGUGGAUCCCAAACAGGGGCAGCAUAUUCCAGUUUUGAUCUCACAAGGGAGAUGUAGAGUUGUCUUAAAACAUUCUAGUGACGAGUGGCCAUAGAACUGUCGGUAAAUUAUACCAACCUGCUUGCAGGUAUUUCUGCACAUUUCUUCUAUGUGUUUUGACCAUGAGAGGUCGUGAGAGAUCCACACGCCAAGCUGAGGGCACCCGCCUUAGACACGACUGACGGCUAGCCACAGGGAUCACUCGAUUAUGCAGGAGACGAUAUUGGGACCACCCCUACGUGCAAGGCUCUGUGAUUAGUCAUAAUGAAGGCUAAUGAAGAUCAGACAAACACACAAGAGGACUCUCAAGCUGAAGAGCUGUUCCGCAGACUGGAGAAGGACCCUGUCCAGCUCAAAGAGCUGCCGAGACAUCUCAUUCUCAAGCACACCUGUCCAGCAACAUUUUCUCCAUACAACGCCUUCUCAUGGAUCUGACCAAUCAGGUUGCGUAACACCAGGUGGAGGUAGCAAGAGUAUGGCCGCCCAGAUUGAGAAUGGCGGCGUGGCAGGAUAUCAAUACUGGAGACUGCUGCCAGAAAAAAGUGGUUGACUCCUUCGGAAAGUUCAGACUGAGUUCAUUGUAGGCAGUGAGGAGUGUGCACAGGGCCAGAGACACGGGAGCAAGCCUGGCAUCUCUCUCCAGUUUGAUGUGGGACCCAUCGCCAGCAUCAGCUCUUACCAGACAGCUGGGCAAACGAAUGAAUACAGUGGUGCUAGUAUGUGUUCAAGGCAAAGAAAAAAGACUUCAGCUUUCUGGAAACACCCACCAGGACAUAUUAGAGAGUGUCAAGAGAGAAUUCAACCUCGGAGACAAUGAGAUUGUUUGCCUCAAGGCUUGGAGUGAUGAGAGUCAGGAGUUCACUGACUUGAGCUCUGACAAGGAUAUUUGUAAUGAUUGCAGAUUGAAAGUUGUCUUGAAGUCAGAGAUGAUCCCAGUAUGUGCAAGUGCUCCCUCGGUGAUUGCCAAUGAAAAGCCGGAAGAGCGUGAGUCCGGGGCAGCUGGAGCUUACCGUCCACAGGGUCAAGAUCUGGAUAGGACAUGAGAAAUUGAAAGUCUACUUCCUGAAUCCUGAUGUUGUCGACAAUUGGAUGCACAAAGGAGUACCUAUAAAUGUUACCAACAUAAUGGGCUGGGCUCAAAUGUGGAACCCUUCGAUGGAACUCCCUAUUCCAGUGUUUGAUAUGACAGUAAUCAAUGAUGGCAGGGCUCAGAUAAGAGUAAAGUUUUCAGAUGGUGAAGGAUGCUGAUCAAUGGUUGGAACAGAUGCUAUGAACGUCACCGAUUUGGAGAAACCCACAAUGGUGUUGAGCCUCAGAGCCCACUCUCCUGACAUCCAAAGAAGCUUGGUCAUUCAUGAGUUUGGGCAUGCUUUGGGAUUAGAGCACGAACAUCAGCGCUCUGAUUUUUGGGACGUCUUGGAGAAACACUUCGAUCUUGGCAGUAUAAAGGAGGACAAGCGAUUAGCUCAGUUAAAGGACUGGUCGAGGCUGAAAGGUAACACCCAUUUGGACGUGGCGAGAUCGGACUAUGACCCCAACAGCAUCAUGCACUACUGGUUUGACAUAAACUGGAUCAGGGAUAAAAAUCUGCGAGUGUACGAGAACAUUGACUGUCAUCCAUCCCUGACCAGGAAAGAGAAGCAGUACCUGAAGGGUAUUCACCUAAGGCAUAAAGGCGAGGAUCUUCCCAAAGGCCCUUCUCUGACUGAUCUGAACUGAAGAAGG